AUGGAGUCCAAACUUCACCCUGCCCUUACCGUGCACUGUCAAAUCUACGAAGUGCUCGACCACUUAUCUCCCAAACAACCUGCUACCAAACCCAAACCCAAUGCUGAGUCUUCUGAUGCAGCGGCUGCCAAAGCCAAAGCCGCCGCUCGUGCGGCUGACACCCUGUGGAACCAACUAGACGCUGUGGUUCUCCGGUGGAUAUACGCCGGCCACCAUAUCUGCGCCUCUUCUACACAUCAUCUUGCAACCGGGUUAGCCAUCUUCCUCGGUCUAGAGUUUGCCAAUCUAUCUCUCGAGAACUUCUCCAACAUGGCCGAUUACUGUCAACAUGCGAAGCACAUAGCCGAACAACUCAAGAGUGUCGGUUCUCCGGUUGAUGAUCGGAUGUUGGUGAUCAAGAUUCUCACGGGUCUUACUGAACAGUACGAUAGCAUCUCCAUAGUUCUUCAAAACCGCGAUCCUCUACCGGAUUUCAACGAGGUUCGGUCACGUCUCAACAUGGAAGAACAAAAGAAGAAACGGUAG